UGAAAAUUAUACACACAUACACAAAAAAAUAUAUAUAGAGAGAGAGCACGAAACAACAAAUAAAACAGAGAGAGAGAGAGAGAAAAGUGAGGACAAGCACAAAGUAGCUAACACACAAAAGAGGGCCAGGGCCAGGGCCUGCUUAUAAACACAAACGGCCAUCACCAUUUCCUCCGCCGGCUUUUCUCCUCUAUUUUGCCAACUUCUUCAUCAUUCUCUUCAAAUCCAAUUGUUAUUAUUAUACAUAUAUAUAUAUAUAUUCCUUUUCUUAUUGGAGAACCAAUUAUUCCUAAUUUAUACAUCCCCUGUUUGUUUUUUUUCACAUUUUAAUUUCAUGGCGAAAACAUCAAAGUCGAAUACUUCUUCUUCUUCUUCUAGCAAUGACAUUGGUAAAGCGAAACGUAGCAACAAAAGUAAUAGCAAUGAUAUUGGUAAAGUGAAACGAACACGAAAGAGCGUUCCUAGAGACUCUCCUCCUCAACGUAGUUCCAUUUACAGAGGAGUUACUCGGCACCGGUGGACCGGCCGAUAUGAAGCUCAUUUAUGGGAUAAAAAUUGCUGGAAUGAAACACAGAACAAAAAAGGAAGACAAGUUUAUUUGGGAGCCUAUGAUGAUGAAGAAGCAGCUGCACAUGCAUAUGACUUAGCGGCGUUAAAGUAUUGGGGUCAAGAGACCAUCCUUAAUUUCCCUGUCGCGACUUACGAAAAUGAGCUAAAGGAAAUGGAAGGUCAAUCAAAAGAAGAAUAUAUCGGUUCUUUGAGAAGAAAAAGUAGUGGGUUUUCAAGGGGAGUAUCAAAAUACAGAGGAGUAGCAAGACACCACCAUAAUGGAAGAUGGGAGGCUCGCAUUGGAAGGGUGUUUGGCAACAAAUAUCUCUACCUUGGAACAUAUGCUACUCAAGAGGAAGCAGCAACAGCCUAUGAUAUGGCAGCUAUUGAAUACCGUGGACUAAACGCCGUUACAAACUUUGACCUUAGCCGUUACAUUAACUGGCUACGUCCCUCUGACCAAACUAAUAAUAAUCCCAUUAACAACCCUGAACCAAACCCUAACCCUAACGACAUUCAUCUCAUGCCUAACACUAAAGAGGAUAUGAAUUUUAGCUUCCUCCACCAGCAACAACAAAGCUCCAACUCCGGAGUUGAUGUAACUGUCGCGGCUCUGCCACAUCCAGUUGGCGGAGCCGCGACUUCACCAGCACUAGGGCUUUUAUUGCAGUCUUCAAAGUUCAAGGAAAUGCUCGAAAGAACAUCGGAGGUUGACUGCCCGGGAACUCCACCGGAGCCAGACCGACCACGACGGAGCUUCCCUGAUGAUAUACAAACCUACUUUGAUUGCCAAGAAUCAAGUAGCUUCAUUGAGGAGCAUGAUAUUAUUUUUGGUGACUUGGAUUCUUUAACAUUGCCAAUGUUUCAGUGUGAGCUUAUUAAUUAAUUAUCCUAAGGAACGGAACUUGGAAGUAUUAAUUAAUAACUGUGGACGUGAGAUAUACAGAUUAUUUGUGAAUACUAUUUUUAAGUUAAAAGAGAGUUUGGUGAGGCAACAUAAACGAAAAAAGGAAAAUCAAAACAGAUGAUUUUCUUUAAAUUGAGGGUAAUAUUUUUUCAGUGUUUUGUUUUAUGACUAUUAGUAUUAUUAAUUUUUCCCAAUAUUGUAUUUGUUUAUGUAGAUAGAGAAACCGAUAAACAAUAUUCUUUGGUAUGUUAUGAGUUCUACAAUAAUACAGAGAUUGUUAUUACUUUUA